AUGAUUCGCAUGAACCUCGCGAAAUUCUACAGCUCGAGACGGCCCUCUAAUCUCGAUGAAAUUCGCCGCGUUGUGGAGAGUGUGCUGAGCGAUAAACAACAAUCCAGGAAUCUUUCGGAAACCAAAGGAGAAGAUGCGCAGAUUUGGCUGGAUACACUUCAAGUGCUCGCUGAAGUUCCUGAGGUGGGGAACAAACUACGUUCGUCGAUUCUCAAGGUGAUGCUUCACCUGUCCAAGCGGUCCGGCCUCUGCCCACAAUGCCUCAUGAUCAAAAACGUGAAAAGACUCGGAGAUUAUCCUGUUGGAGGUGGUGGUUUUGGAGAUGUAUGGAAGGGCAAAAUCGGGGCGCAAAUUGUGUGCUUGAAGGUUGUGAAGGUUUACUUGGUUUCUGAUGUACAAGAUCUACUGAAGGAAUACAUGCGAGAAGCGAUUGUUUGGCAGCAGCUCAGACAUCCUAAUAUCCUCCCGUUCCUGUGA